AGUGUAACCGUUACAAUCGAUCGUUCGAAAGGUCGCCGCCGACGAAAUGGAUUCCGCGUCAUCGUCGAGCGCUGUAGAGACUACCGUGCCAACGGGCAACCAUGCCAACACCGAGGAGAACAUCCUUGGCCCCUCGCUGCUUGACGUGAUGCAAAAAAUGGGGCUAUCAACCUUGAAGGCGACGUAUUUUUCGCGGUCCGCGUUCGUUGCGCGCCUUCACGAAACUCUAGUCGGGCAAGACUGCACGAAGCGCAUCCAAGAGUUUUUCGCGACAACGCUUCAAAAACUGGAAUGCGACGCGUCUGGCCUCGUCCUCAUUCAAGACACCAGCGUGUGCGUCUUCCUGGAAUCCACUUCUGCUCAGUUCACCGAUUUUUGUGCCGAGUUGCGAUCGUUUUCCGCGCUCACCGAUGUCAAAAUCAUCGCCACAUGCGACGACAAUGCAACGCGACUCAUGAAGAGCUUGUACUUCAAGAAGUUAUCCAUCACAAAACCUGUGGAUGAUGCAGACGAGUUGCAGGUGGCCAAAGACGUGUUUUUCAACUUGAUCACACUCAUGCGCCGCCUCGGAGCUACCCCUGCCACGGCCAUUAAGAAGGCACUGGCCACCCCCAGCAACAGCGACCUCCAGCUCAUGCCGUCCAACGAAGUCGUCACAUUUCUCGCAAAGCGCGACGCGCUCAUGACGUUGGAUGAGUUCCACGACAUUUACAAAGCGCCCAUCUCGAUUGAGCUCGAGUCCGAACGCGUGUGGCCGAUUCAUCCCCUCUUUACAUAUUGAGAUGACGUUUCAAUGCCUUUCACAUCGGACCCAUCCAUACAACAGGUCUCGAAUGGAGGUCACGCAAGGAACACUACUAGCAUGGGGAGGUCGAUGGAGCCGAUCAGUUAUCCUGGUGCAAGAGACACCAGGUGAGCAAUGGUAAUCAAUUGGUGU